AUGGCCGUGCUGAGCCGCCGCCCGACACUCAAGCGGCUUAAAUCGCUUGAAGACGUCUUCGAUGCGCUCGACGAGCAGCCGUCGCUCGUCGACACGGUCGUUGGCGCCAAGGCCAGCGUCCACAGUCCUCGGUCCUCGUCCAACUUUGACAUUCGCCAGGCGUUGGCCAGCGUGCACCGCCAGGCUUCGUCAUCCUCGCUGAACAGCAGCGGUCGCAAAGACGCGGUCCCGACCGUGCCGCGGCUGUUGGGGCACGCCAACAGUCUACGACGCGUCAUCGAGCAGCUCGUUCACGACGGCAGCAAACUAGGCGACGCCACGGGACCGUACGACCGCCAAGGCAACGAAGCGUACUACACUGACGACAACGUGGCGCGCCGCUUGGGCAUUCGGUAUGACCCGAUCCUGCUGCGGCUCACGCGUCAGUUUUGGGCUGCGGUCGUGCCGCCAACCAGAGAUACCAUGGACGUCGAGAGCUAUCAGCGCCUCUAUCUUCGCAUUCACAAAUACUUGAUCGAGCGAUAUGACAUUCGGGACUCGAAAGCCAAAAUUCAAGACGACUGGUUGCGCGACACCAACAACGACAGCAGUCCGCUCGACUACGAGCUCUUUCACCUUUCUCUCUUUGAGCUCAUCGACUUGUGGUGCGACUCGCUCGAUGCGAAUGAUUACGUCCGCCUCUUGUACGCGAUCCUGGACGGCGUCUCGCAUGUCGAGCACGGCCGCAUUCACCUUCGCAAACUCCGUCACGUCCGCUUCCGCGACGUGGCCCUCGCUGUCAAGCGCGUGUCAACAGCCACUGUGCACUGGUAUUUAGACGCCAUGGACGCACUCCGCGUACCCGUCACGGCCAAGCUCGAACGCCAAAACCGCCUUUUGAUUUCCAAGCCGGCAGCGACCCACCGGCGAAAAACUACGUUGGGGGCGAUCCAACUGGCCCAACGGACGGGGCAGCCAGCACGUAGCAACAACAACCGAGCGUCGACACCGCCGGACGGCACCAAAGCCACCAGUGCAACGGCUAGCAGCCCGUCCCGACCGACAUCAUCGCCGCCAACGCGUGCGCGGGAUCCCAAAGGCAUUUUGUACGUCGACCUUCGGUCGCACGCCACCGACAACGCAAGCCCGCAAGCGCCAACCGACGCAACUGUGGGCGUUGAGCGUCCAUCGACCGCACUGGGCGCGAGCAGUUCGAGUACGGCGACGCCGCAGCUUGACAUUGCCGGCCGCUGCGCGCCCUUGAACGCGGCCAAGUCGCCACGCCGCAGCACGCUGACGAGCCGGCAACCUGAGGCGAUUCCGCCGCUGAAAGACGCACUUAUCCACCGCGCUGCGUCACGGCGCGACUCGGCCGAAGCGAAUUCGGUGCGUCGUAGCCACGCGCGGGCCAAGCGCGAGCGGCGACGGACCCACAACGAGGACUUGAAGCGGGCGCCUCACUACGUACUAGACUCGUAGCUUGGCACCGAUGACUCUAUCAGCACAUUUAGACCGUAGCGCC